AUGGGCAUCCUCAUGGACGACGACAUCCACGCUCCCACUGUCGCCUCCGGACCCACGUGGGCUGCCAUCAUUCCCUCCACAUCGCUACAGGUCGCUGAGACGUUUUAUACAGUGCGAACGACGCGUGUGCGUAUCAUCCACCUACGUAAUGACCACAAGGAGGUCAUGACCUAUCUCGAAAAGGGCCUCCAUGCCCACUUCGCCAGUCUGCAGAAUGCGCAGACCACCACACCCACUCCAAAUGGCACCAGUGUGCCGGCUACAAUACAAGCCCCGUCGGGUACUAGCGUGGCGGAUGCGGGGGCACCGUUUGCCAAGGUCAACAGCGUGGUUUCCGGUAGUCCGGCAGACCAAGCAGGGCUCAAAGCGGGCGAUACCAUUCGCAGCUUUGGGAAUGUUCAUUGGAUGAACCACGAGCGCCUGUCCAAGGUCGCAGAGGUGGUGCAACAGAGCGAAGGGGUAGGCACACAUACUCUCUCUGAUCGGAAGCCAGUGUUAACCGUCUGUGCAGCGUCCGUUGUCCGUCAAGGUGGUUCGAAAGGACGAGAGCGGGUCUGGGACUACGAUGGAGCUGGAUCUCCGGCUCGUUCCCCGGCGAGAUUGGGGUGGGCGUGGUCUGCUAGGUUGCCAUCUAGUUCCGUUGUGAGGAGACAUGGGCUGGGCUCGGCGCAAAAUGGGUUUUCGUCUCUUUUAGUCAUGAAGAAUAUGAUGCUAUGA